AUGCGUACCAUUGCCCUGCUAGCGGUGCUUUUGGCGUGCGGAGGUGUGGGCGCAAGGUUUGUGAUCGAAGAGGGCGGUCUCAAGGUUGUGCUGCCGCCCGAGGCCAAGUCGCAGUACCCCAAGGGCUUCGACGUGGCCCUGGCCAACUUUGGCGCUCCACGGUACGGCGGCACGCUGCGGGGUCGCCUCGUCUACGUCGACCCUGAUUACUACUCAGACAAGCACACCUGCUCCCCGCCCUGCGUGUUUGCCUGCCAGGACUUUGGGGCCGCCACGCCGCCGCUGGACCUGCGUGGCGACAGCCAGGAGACGUAUAUCAUGCUGGUGUGGAACGCGCAGAGCGCGGGCGCGCGGGGUGCCAUUGUGGUGAACUUUGAGGACAAGCUGACGACGAUGGAGGCACCCGAUGACGACGACGAGGCCAGCGUGAAGUUCCUGACCAACAUCACCAUCCCCGCCACCUUUGUCACCAAGUCCACGGGGGGCGCGCUCAAGGCGCUGCUCCAGGGCGGCGCCGCGGUCUAUGUCUCGAUGGAUUGGACAGACAUACUGCCCAAGAAGCAGCAGGUGUUUUGGGAGUUCUGGACCAACUCCAACGACCAGUGCGGCCCCAUCUGCGACGUGCAGAAGCAGUUUAUAAAGCAGUUUGUGCCGGUGGCCAAGGAGUUUGAUUCCCACAACUGGACCGUGUUCACGCCGCACUACAUCGUGUGGAUCUGCCCCCCGCUGUACCGCACCAGCGACGAGUGCCGCAGCCAGUGCAUCCGCAAGGGGCGCUACUGCUCGCCAGACCCGGACGGCAACCUCACGGCAGGCUACUCUGGCAGCGAUGUGGUGCAGGAGAACCUGCGCCAGCUGUGCGUGUUCAAGCUGUCCAGCGAGGCGGGGAGGGCGUACCUGUGGUGGGACUACGUCACUCUGUUUGGGGAGCAGUGUGACAUGGAGAGCGGGCAGUACGGGGAGGAGUGCGCGCUCAAGGUGUUUGACCAGGUCAACAAGGACGGGUGGAGUAGCCGCUCCGCGCUGCAGGGCUGCAUCGGGCAGCAAGACGCCGACGCCGACCAGCCCAUCAUGGAUGCCCAGCUGGCGGCGCAGAAGGGGGAUGACAAGACUGGGGAGGGGGAGGUCUUCAUCCUGCCCACCAUCCGCAUCAACAGCGUGCAGUACCGAGGCAAGAUGGCGACCGCAGAGGUGCUGCGCGCCAUCUGUGCCGGAUUCGCCGCGGGCAACACGCCAGAGACGUGCUCCAAGGCCGUGGACGAUCCCUGCAUGCAGGGCGGCAAGGGCUACCAGGAGUGCUCUGCCCGCACCGACGGCAAGACGCAGGCGAGCUCCGCACUCCUGCUCCCCGCCGCACGCCAGCAGCUGCGGAGUGCGGCGUGCAUCACCGGUAUCCCAGACGAGUGCGGCGCCGACUACGGCGGCUGCUGGCAUGUAGAGCUCAAGGUGGGCGGCAAGCCCCAGGCCUUCUCCGCCUGCAAGGACAACUUGGCGGCUUACCAGGACGCACUGGCGCACGGGCAGCCCGUGGACGGCGUGCCGCUGCACACCUGCACCUGCCCCCCCUGCUUCACGGCGGUGGAGAAGGGCGGCGCUGUGAGCUGCACGCCCAAGUGCGACCUGCGCUACUGUGACCUGGAUGUGGGGCUGUGCCACGCGGAGCCGGGGUCGGGCGGCGGCGGGCUGGGCGCGGGCGCGGUGGCGGUGAUCGUCAUCGCCGUGGUUGCCAUCCUGGGCGGGGCGGGAUACCUGGCCUACCAGUACCGCAUCCGCAGCAUCAUGCAGCAGGAGGUACGGGCGAUACUGGCGCAGUACAUGCACCUGCCCGAGACGGACACCGACGCCGACCUGGGGGCCGCCCUGGGGGGCACCCGCCUGAAGCCGCUGGACGGAGUCUGA